CGACAUGCCUGGAAGAAAAAAAACACAACCAAAACAACAUUGUUGUUGAUCAAUUAAUCGAUAACGUGCGAGAAUUACAUUAAACGACAUGACGGAUCAAGGUUCGUUCUUGAACCGCAUUAGCAUCCGCCGCAACCAGGUGGCUUCCAUGGAGAGCGGCAACAAUCCCCAUGACCAAGAGCUCGAAGACCUCGAGUUCUUCCAGAAACACGUUGCCGACCGCUUCUCCGAGCUCCUCCCCGCCUCGAAAUCCGGCGACCCUACCGACUCCCCGGCGUGCGACCCCUCCCCUCUCCUCUCCAUCUCCUGGUUCCGCAAGCUUCUCGACUCAUUCAUCCUCUGCGAGGUGGAGUUCAAGGCGGUCGUUCUCAUCGGUCGCGACCCGUCGCAGUUCUCCAAGCCGCCCCUCGAUCGCCUCAUCCCCGAUCUGCUUGACCGCUCUGUCAAGGCCCUCGACAUCUGCAACGCCGUGAGCCACGGCGUUGAGCUUGUCAGGCACUGGCAGAAGCUCGCGCAGAUCGCGGUCACCUGUCUCGAGCAGAAGCCACUGGGGGAGGGGCAAGUGAGGCGGGCCAAGAAGGCGCUCGACACGCUGCUCACGUCGAUGGUGCUCGACGACAAGGAGAAUAACAGCAGCCACGGGAAAAUCUCCGAGAGGAGCUGGUCGUUUGGGCGUCGAAGUGGUGCCGCCGCCUCUAGCAAUAAGGAUAGGACUGCGGGGAGUUUCCGGUCAUUGUCGUGGUCGGUGGCCAAAUCGUGGUCGGCCGCGAAGCAGAUACAAGCCAUGUCGUCGAACCUCGCGGCUCCGCGCGGAGGGGAGACCACCGCAUUGCCCGUCUACAUAAUGAGCACGGUGUUGCUGUUUGUGAUGUGGGCUUUGGUGGCCGCGAUCCCCUGCCAGGAGAGAAAUGGGCUCACGGCCCAUUUCCCGCUCCCGAGACAGGUGACGUGGGGCCAGGCCCUAAUCGGGCUCCACGAAAAGAUAGCGGAGGAGUGGAAGAAGAAGGAGAAGAAAGGGACUUCGGGGUUGCUCGAGGAGGUACAGAGGAUGGAGAGAGUGGCCCAAACGUUGGUUGAGUUCGCCGACUCGUUCCAGUUCCCGAUGGAGGAGGACAAGGCGGAUGAAGUGGCGGUGCAGGUGGCGGAGCUGGCGGAUGUUUGCCGGAAGAUGGAGGAUGGGCUGGUGCCACUCCAGCAACAAGUUAGGGAGGUGUUUCAUAGGAUCGUGAGGAGCAGGGCUGAAGUGCUUGAUGUUCUAGAUCAAGUUGGCAAAAUGUCAUCCCCAGUUCCAUAUUGAUUCUGUGUCUAAAUUUGAAUUUUUGUUGUAUGUAUUUAUUUUUUUACCGAAAUUUUCCUUCACUUUUUUGCUCGGAUUCUUUACUAGUACUUUCACGUAAUACUUUUUCCCUUUUAAUUAAAUAAUUGCAACACAUUAUG